CGCUAAUCAACUAUAUAAGCCAGUAUGGGAGUGAAAUGGGGCGUCAUUUACGAAAUAGUGAACGCCCCGGAAACAUGCACGCUGUGUUUUGGAUGAUCGUUUUUACAGCGAUUAUCUUGAAUGUCGCUGCUGAAAAAGAAAAAAUGGAGAAGUCGACAGUGGACAGUGCCCGCGAUGUGCAAAACAAGUCAGCACACCCCAGACGCACUAACUUUGAAGGGAAGAUCGAAAAAGUCCCUAAGCCCAAGUCGCAUCCUGGGCUUUCCUACAGCGACAUGAAGCAGGCAGAUUCCGUCGGGAUCGGCUUCUACGGAGUGCCUGUCGCCUACCAAACCGCAUAUCCGACUUAUUAUCCGGCAUAUUAUCCCCGUUAUUACAGGAGGCCUUAUUUUGGUUACGGUUUCAGACCAGUUAGCGUUGGCUAUUGGGCUUACAGUGCUUGGCCGGCGUACAGAAGUGGCUGAUGGUUUCUCUUUAUUAUCGCUCUUAAAUAUUUGAAUAAUCGCUAAAAUUAACUUAUUGUUUUUUUUUAAUUUCUGCUUUGUA